UCGAACUAUGCACACAAAAAUUGACGUGUAUCAAUUUGCGCCGUGUGUUUGCAGAUUAUCCACCGGGUAGCACGAAAAAACAACUCAAAAGUUACUGCUUCUGCUAAAUAUAGAAAGUCUGUUGCGGAGUUACGGAGGCUGUUUCGACCAUCAGACAUAUUUCCCGACUUGUGCAUUGUUUUCUGACUAAUUUGUAGGUGAACAUGGGUGGAAAUACCAGCGUAGAAGUUCCCGGUGGUGGUACCGAAGGAUAUCACGUUUUGCGGGUUCAAGAGAAUUCACCAGGACACAAGGCAGGGCUGGAGGCGUUCUUUGAUUUUGUAAUAGGCAUUGGAAACACAAGACUGGACAAGGAUGAUGACACUCUGAAGAAACUCCUGAAGGAGAAUGAAGAACGUCCAGUCAGAGUGCUGGUGUACAGCAGCAAAACUUUAUCCGUCCGAGAGGUCACGCUGACCCCAACCAAUAGAUGGGGCGGUCAGGGGUUACUUGGGGUCAGCAUUAGAUUCUGCUCCUUCGAGGGAGCAAACGAGAAUGUUUGGCAUGUUUUGGAUGUACAGCCAACGUCACCUGCAGCCCUUGCAGGGUUCAGAUCUAACACAGACUACAUCAUCGGGGCUGAUACUAUCCUACAUGAGUCUGAAGAUUUGUUUUCCUUAAUUGAAUCUCACGAGAAUCGUCCUCUCAAGCUGUAUGUGUACAAUGUGGAGACGGAUGGAUGUAGAGAGGUCACCAUUACACCAAAUCGCACUUGGGGAGGAGAGGGCAUCCUGGGUUGUGGAAUAGGAUAUGGAUACCUGCAUCGGAUACCAACACGUUAUUUCCCAGAGGGGCGUAAGAUGACAUUCUCUGCCCAUCUCAAUGCUCCGGUGAUUCCUGCAGAAGUCUUAGAAGGUGUCAGCAAAGAUCCACUCUUAGAAGGAUUUGCAGAGGUGUCCCUAGCCUCCUCAGCAGACACAAGUCAAAUUGAGAAGGGUCUCUCCAGUGUAUCCUUCUCUGCUGACCUCCCUGUUCAGAUCCCCCAUCCUGCUGCUGUUGGAGCUCAACCAACAGUGCCUGUCACACCACAGAACUCUGCUGGUGAUUCAGCGACAGCAGCCUCUACAGGAGUCUUACCACCCGUCAGUCUGGCCAAUAUUCCCGGCCUUCCAAAUCUCAACAUAUCCCUGCCUCCUAUGCCUACCCCGGCCCCAGUCACAACACCUGCAAUGUCUGCUGCUGGCACAGCCCCAGCAGCGUCUGGUGAUGGUGUCACAACUCUGCCACCCCCUGUGUCGCUCCCCGGUGGUAUCACAAUACCAGGCCCCACACCACUGCCCACUCUUCCUGUUGGAAUCAGCACAACAUCGCCGUCAUCAUAGGACUUGGAUCUCUCUUUGUUUCAUCUUUAAAAUUCGGGGAAUUGGUAGAAAGGGGUAGGGAGAUUAAUCUUCUUGAUGACGAAGAUUCUCCAUCGAUUUGAUCGUAUUUGUUGGUCAGGAAAAAUUCACUUUGACACUGUCUGCGGCUGUUUUAUUGAAGGUGUAUAAUUAAACCUUGCUACAGCUUCAACAGUUUAAUUCUACAGAUCUUUAUCUGUGUGUCACCAUAUGUAGUCUUGCUGCCAGUGUGGAAUGGCAAUAUCACAUACUGAUUCUCAUUCUACUGACAUGGUACCAAACUAUUCGCCCUUCUAGCCUCUGUUUGGUUUAUAUUGAUUUGAGAGGUAGGACAAAUAAAAUGGUGGCCUGAUAAAAGACACUAUUCAAUGGUUAAAGCUAAAUAUACUGUAAAUCUAAAUACAGUUUAUUUGCUUGUUUAUGUAGCAUGGAACACUUCUCACAUUAUGUUACAUAAUGUAUAGUCUGGCACCCUGACUUACUUGGCCUAGCGAAGCUAAUUUCCAUACAUUUGACUCUCUGAGGUUGUUACCACUGAAAGUGUAAACUAAGUUCUGAACUUGUGAUAUACCUAUACCAUGGAUUUAAAGGUCCAACUUGUGUGAAACUUCCUGCAUCCCUAACUGUGGUUUGAGUGCUGCCAGGUACAGGCACUAAGGCAAUGGCCAGGGGCAUUGAGACAAUUGCCGUAUUGCCCCCAUGAAGUAUCAGGGCUGUGUUCAUGUAGGCUGAUUCCCAUCCAAGCUCACAUGAGUGUUAGGGAACCAACACAGGAAUGAGCUCAUUUGGAGAGUGGUUUUAUUUAUGUCCCUGUGGUCAGCAAACACACACUGAUUUACGGUUUGUGCAAAUUACCAUUUCUAUGUAGUAAUUUCUAAAGACAAAGAAGGAGACGAGGGAAGCUCUUACUUCAAGUUGUUUACUUUUUUAUUUUCUCUUCCAUAGUUUACACAAGGAUCUAAGAAAUGUAUCAAAUAUUCUUCUUAGCACCUGAAUUAUUUAACCACAGUUAAGGUUGACCCAAUAUAAGGUCUCAAAUUAAACCAAAAAAAAACAAGAAAUUUUCAUAGGUUUUUACUGCACCCUUUUAUGUUUUACAUACUUUUCAAAGCAUAUCUAAUUCAAGAAUUUAUUGACCCAAAUAACUGCUCUGAAGAAUUUGCCCAAACUUCAGCCUCAUAUAAUGUUUUGUACAUAUAGAGUAUUUACCAGCAGCUAAAGUUGUUUGUGUUAAGUAACAUUUGGGGGAAGGGGGUGAUCAUACCAUCAGCAUGAAAUUAAAAAUAUAGAAAAGUUUAUGUUUUAGGUUAAUAAAUGUCCCACAUCCUCUCCUGAAAUAACUGCAAGUCCAAACCAUCUCCUGUUAAAUUCAUAUACAUUGUUGCUUAUUUACUUAGGCACACAGGAGAAUUGUUAAAUCAGAUCCAAAGAUUGUAUAGCGCUGCAGGCGCAAGACUGGCAACUUGGGCUGAAAUGUAGGCUUUGGAUGCCAUUUCAGUAAGCAACUCUUUUUAUUCGACAACGGAUUAGUGCAGUUGCUGUAGCAAAACAUUUGCUUACCAAAAUGGCGCAUAGCCAUACUCUCACAAUAGAUAGAGCUCCAAUUGCCUUAAAGCGUUUUACCAGCUUUACUAAAGAUUGAACUUGCCAUAUUACGUAUGAAUUUGUAAUUUCCAGUCCAGUAGCAGGUAUCUUAUAAGGUAAUGAAUUUUGUAAAUAUUUUGGAAAUUUUCUGAUUCUCUGGGCAGGUUUGCAAUUUGGUGUCCUUUGCCCUUGAUGAACACAUGGCAUUUGACGCAUAACAAUAUCCGAUUUAGGCCUUGCGGUUCAUUCUUUUGAGGAAAAGGUACUUUUCCUUUACAUAUCUACUGGUAUAUUUCAAGGAGCAUGAAGGAACUUGCCUCCACACAGUACCGAACUUGAUAGUGUUUUUCCUACAUAAGUCUUAAAUCUUAUACUUCAUAAUUGGGGGUCAAUCAAUGUGUGGUACAGAAUGUUUGGAAGAGUAGGUCAUUAAAAAUAAAUUGUCCCCAAACCAACCUCUA